CGCGCACCGACCUCGGUUGCUAAGGAACCCCCUGGCGCUGCUGCGGCUGCUGUUCGAGGGAUGCAGAGAGUUCAGCCGCAGCAUCUCUUGAAAGCGGGCCGUGUGAGGUUGUCCCGGUGAAACCGGAGGAUGGACGAAGGCACCGUGUUAUCCCUGAGCAUCGCCCAGAUCGUCCAGCGUCUCAAAGGAAGCCAUUUACACUCUCAGAUAGAGAGGCAGGCUAAAGACUGUUUACAUCGUCCUGAGAUAAAAUUGGAGUCGCUAAAGGAAGACGUGCGCAGUUUUUUGAAAACGUCAGGCUGGGAGAAAAAGCUGCAGAAUGCUAUCUACAGAGAACUUCACAUCCAGCUGCCUCCAAGCCAUCCCACCGCUCCGCUGGAGCAUCUCAAAGAGCCGCUGGCCUAUAUGCGUAAAGCUCAGGCCAGCUGGGAGAAGCGCAUACUGAAAAGUCUGAACAGCAUGAGCACGGAGCUUGGAGUGCCUCUGGCCCGUAAGAGGCCCGGAGCCGAGCAGAAGGAGCUCACCAACAAGUGGAACGAGAUGGGCACGGAUGAACCAGAUUUAAGUCGCUUCAGGCCCGUUUAUGCACCGAAAGACUUUCUCGAGGUGUUGAUCAGUUUGCGGAACCCCAACCAUGACAGCUGCGAGGACGUGAGCGCCCGGAGCCACUGGGGUCUCAUUCAGGUUCCCCUCAACGUCCGAGAUAUUCCACAGCUGAGACAGGCGUACGCAGAGCUGAACCUGAGCUCCGGCCAGUUGGGGAUUGACGACCUCGCACAUGUCCAUCCAGAUCUGUUUGAAAACGACUAUGUUCAGAUCGGCCAAAAAGUUGUAGUGGGGCAGGACAGUGCAGCGGCCCAGCAGUACAGCAGGCGGGGCUGUCCCACCGGGCUCCGGGCAGACCUGUGGGCCCUCAUCCUGAACUCCACCAACCAGCUGCAGGACAUGAUGCACUAUGAACAGCUCAGGGCUGGAGUGAUCCAACACAACCUGCUGGUAGAUAACCUCAUCUACAAGGAUGUCAAACUCACCGCCAGUAACGACGACUACUACUUUGUGUUUGAAGAUUUCCUCUAUCAGGUAUUGUUAUGUUUCUCACGGGACACCGCCGUCCUGGAGCACUUCAAGUACAACAGCGCCACUCCGCCUAAAUCCUACCUACACGGCAAAGUGGGAGACGAAGAGUAUGCUGUCGUUUAUCCUCCAAACGGUGUUAUUCCCUUCCAUGGCUUUUCUAUGUAUGUGGCGCCCUUGUGUUUCUUGUACAACGAGCCGUCCAAACUCUACAGCGUCUUCCGGGAAAUGUACAUCCGCUACUUUUUUAGGCUGCACUCCAUCUCUUCUUCUUUUUCGGGCAUAGUGUCCCUGUGCCUGCAGUUUGAGAGGCUACUCCAAACCCACCUGCCUCAGCUCUUUUACCAUCUUCGACAGAUCGGUGCUCAGCCGCUGCGUAUUGCCUUUAAGUGGAUGGUCCGGGCCUUUUCCGGAUACCUUUCCACCGAUCAGCUGCUCCUGCUAUGGGAUCGAAUCCUCGGGUAUGACUCGCUGGAGGUAGUUGCAGUUCUUGCGGCUGCGGUGUUUGCCUUCCGCGCUGAGAACCUGAUGGAGGUGACGUCGCUGGCCUCGGCUGAGGCCGUCCUCGCCGACCUCUCGACUCUGAAGGUCAUACCGCUCAUCCAGAUCUUUCUUUUCGCCACCGCCAUCUGAACAUCGCCGACACGAAGACUCAGGGUUCUGGAUCGGUUCUCGUUGCACAACAAUGAACACAAGCUGACUAAUGAAAAGUGACAUCAGGGGGCCACACCUCAUCUAGUUCAAGCAAAACACCAAAAGCACCUUUAGCCCUAUAAAUAGUAUUCUCCCUUUAUGAUGGUAUUAGUUGUCAUACAGUAUGUAAGUUAAUCCUAAGGCCAAGCCAGCCUCAUUAGGCCGUAGGGAAAGAUGAUCCUCGCGGCAGUUCUCCGAUCAGCUGAGGUGAAUUGCAUGAAGCAGUAAUUGUGUCACAAUGGCAGCGUGCGAGGAGACGCAACGACAGCGUGCUUACCUAAUGAAGUGUUAAUUAGUUCCUGCCAUUUAUGCAGCCCAGCAGCUCCUGCUUGUUAUUAUUAAACUGUUAAGUCCUUAUGUUACUGAUGAAUGAUUUGGCAUCUUAGUUUGCUUCAGCAUGAUGAGAGAAACCUGCAAAAAGCCAUGAACUACAGUGCCAUCCACAAAUAAAUCUUGAAAUGAAUUCCUGUUUAAUUGCAGUGGCAUAAUCUCACAGCAUUUUUUUUUAUUGCCUGCUGUUUAUACUGAGGAGCAUACAGAGAGAGGAGGCUUUUAGAGCAUUUGUUUUCAUGCAAUCUGUCUUGGUUGGGCCCUCUUUCAUCCUCAUUUAGUUCUGUAAUGCUAGGAGGUUUAUUUUAUUUUAUAUGGUCUUGUUUUGAUCUAAUCUGGAUUAUUAUUUCGCCUGAAAAACCCAAUGACGACCCUUUGUGCGUUUCUAGUUGAGUCUACUAGGUUUUUUUUUAACGUUUUGUUUUUGGCAAGAUUUCCAAUGCCUUUGAAAGAGAAACAGGCCCAGAUCAUCACUCCUAUUAAAUUGUGCUCAACAGUGGACAUAAGAUGUUAUUUUAAUCGUCAUUAUUUUAUUAUCCACUUGGGACAUUUGCUACUAAGAAGCUCAGUUUUACUCUAAUCUGAUCAAAUCAUAUGGCUCCAGUUAAUUCCUUACAUAAAUGGCAUGUUCUCUUAUCUUACCCAUUUUCCAGAGUGGCCGAAAGAAAUGUUAAGUUUAUAUAAGUUUAAUUAAAAGAAUUAUUUAUUAUCAUUUGUUUUAAAGGAAUUGUUGGGGGUGCCAAUGCAAUACUUGUAAUUUUUUCAGAAGUAAAAUAAAAUAUUUCUCAAGAUAUACAAUUUUCCCCAACAAAUAAAUAACUAAAAUUAGAUUUUUGUGUGUGUGUGUGAGAGAGAUUAUGGUGCAACAUUAAAAUAAGAAUUUAUUUUAAGUUUUUUUUUGUUUGUUUGUUUUUUUUCCCAAUCCUACCCUUGCUGGGUAAGGGGUUAUAGGGCAAUUUGUGUGGAGAACUCUGUAAAUAACAAUGCUGUUUGUGUAAUGUACAAGCUGCUGUCUACAUGCAGUUUAUUGCAUUUAUGAAGGGUUACGACACACUUUAUGGAUGUUUAGCACCUUCAGUGCCAACAUUCAGGUGAAACGUUUUCUCUUUUUACACGACUUUAAAUUAUGAAUGAUCAGUUGUGGCAUUUUUAUUCUUUGGAAGUCAUUGUCAUUAAAUCUUGUACUGCAAAAAAUGUUUAUUUAUUAUUAUUAUUUUUAAAUUAAAGGUUAUUAAGGUAAUCACA